AUGCGUUCGAUACCCUCAAUUUCUAGAAAAGGUUAUGGAGCUUCUGCCGGUGAAUGUUGGGCAUUUUAUGGAGGGCAUGGAUUUUUAACUAUUGGGUUAUCUGAUCGAAUUAAUGUUACAGCUGUUUCAUACUACGAACAUUUGCCAAUUGAAUUAUCACCCGAUGGACAUAUAAGUACAGCACCUAAGAAUUUUCUUGUUUGGAGUUAUCAAGAUAUUGACGACAUUUAUUCUCGUAAAUUACUGGGUAAUUUUACUUUUGAUGCUCAUGGAGAUCCUUUACAAAUAUUUUAUGUUCAGCAUUGGGAUCAGCGUUUAACAAAUAUUAUUGAAUUGGAAACUCUUACAAAUUGGGGCUCUUAUGUGACAUGUCUUUAUCGAUUUAGAGUACAUGGACAUGCAUUGAAGGUACUCCCUGAAUUUUCUGAAGAAAGUGAACAAUCCAAUCUUUCAUUUUCAAAUAUUCAGGCUAAAUCGGAUGGACGGGACUAA